CUGUGCGCGGUGAGGUCAUGACGCUGGCCCCUCCCAGCGCCGCUACGGAGGCCUGCGGUGUGCAGACUCCGGCACUAGGAUCUUGGGGACCCACGGCUCAGGCGGCGAGAGACCAUGGGUGCUCGGCUGAGCGGCGGCCAGGGCGUCCCGGAGCCCGUGCAGCCGCAGCCCCAACCCCAACCCGGGGCGCCCGAGGCCCCAGAGCGGCCCCAGCCUGAACCCAGUCCCUGGGGGCCACUGGACGAUGUGCGCUUCCUCAUCGCCUGCACCUCCUGGUACUGACUCGACAUCCUCCGCAGUUACUGCCGGCUGCCAACAUCGUUAUGCUCUUAUGUUCCUCUCUUGUCGUCUCUUUCUCCCACCCCGGCGCCCAGGACGGGCUCGGAGAGUCGAGGAGGUCACGGAGGACUGGAAGGAGGUCUGGGCGUGGCCGCCUCCGCAGCCUUGUCGUGGGGCACCUCUAGCUGCCCCUGAAUUUGUUCGCUUCCUAGCCUGCUUAAACCUUCGUGCUCACCCCCACCCUACAACUUCUUCAGCCGUCUCGGCUCUUGGGCAGCCCUCCUUGGCACUGGCUUCCAGAACCAGGCCAGGACUCUUGGUAAGACCCCAAGACUGCUGACCUGACUUCCUCUCGUCUGUCCCUUAUUGCUGAGAACCAGGCUUUUGCUUUCGUCCCUGGUUAUGGCACCACUUGCCUUGGCUUCAGAGAAGACCUUGCCACAGUGACCCUACCUAGAGCUUUCAAAAAGUGAGAGCACCAACCUGAGGAGUGGAGAGGGAGCGGGAAGGGGAGAAGGGAGGCCAGGAGAAGAUGAAUAAAAGAGACACUUCUGACCUCAUCCUAGCAGGGGCUUGUUCUGCCAUCCUGGAUCCCAGUGAGGCAUUAUCAGGCUGUGUUCUAGGAACCUCAGUAACACUGGGCAUCUGGGGCCAGCCUUUUGGAGAGAGGGGACAUCUGACUGCUGGGAAGAUGAGAUGUGUAGAUGAGAUGUGUGGGUAGAUGAGAUAUAUGGGACAUUUCCCAGACACCCCCAAAGCACCCUGUUCCCCUUCUCCCAGAAGCUUCUUCAGGCCACUCCCAGAACCUGAUCCUUGUACCUAUAUCCCAAGAAAACAUCACACUCUGUCUUUUUCUUUUAUUUAGAAAUGAUUUAAAAAACAUUAUACAAAGGCUGAUCAGUUUAAAAUGUGACCGACACUGAAAUGCUGUGAUAUUCCCCAGGCCGAGGGGAAGCUGGGCUCUGGGGUCCCCAGUGCUGUGCCCUUCUGUCUGUCUGCCCUGUCCUGGAGUGAUGGGCAAACAGAUGACCACAAGACAGGAGAAUCGGAGAUUGGAAGCCUCCAGGCUGAGCCCUCUCUGGGCCUGGCCCUGCAUCCCUCACAUCUGCAGCCUGAGCUGCCUGCCUCCAUCUCCUGCUCUUUCUCAGCUGGCCUCGGUAGUACCAGGAGCCAGUGGGGAGCCUGGGGAGCCUAGAGCUUUCAAAAAAUGAGAGCACCAACCUGAGGAGUGGAGAGGGAGCGGGAAGGGGAGAAGGGAGGCCAGGAAAAGAUGAAUAAAAGAGACACUUCUGAUCUCAUCUUGGACCCUAGAGGAGUCCAUAGGUGGGUACCCGAGGCCCAGCCAGCCCACCUGAUGGCCUGGGCGAGAAACAACCUCUCUGUGCUUCAUUUGAGGGCACGGUGAGAGUUAACCCUAGGCUUCCCAGGGCCUACACGAGUUGCAUGUGAGUGGACAGGUAUGAGCUAAUAAAGUGCUUUGCAAAGUA